GCAUUGUGGGCAGGGAACCAACCCAAAAUCAAAAUGGAUGCGACAAACUCUCUUGACGAAGCCUUAAAGAAUGUUAAUUUACUCGAUGAUUUAGCUUUGUGUGAUGAACAGCCAGUUAUUGAGGCACCAGCUGCCUCACUCACAUAUAAUCCUAACUUUGACACAAAUUUUGAAGACAGCGAGGCAUUUAUCACAUGUAACAGCAAAUAUUUAGAGGAAGCCGCGAUGCACCGAGGUCUAGUUGAUUCAAUCAGAUUAAACAUAAAGUUUAUAGAAGUUGUCAAUGAAAUGCUUGAACAAGGCGAAUCAUAUGCUGUGAUGCUUUAUACUUGGAGAUGUUGUUCUCGAGCAAUCCCAUCAGUGAAAAGUGAUGACCAACCUAACAGAGUUGAAAUUUAUGAGAAAACUGUUAGUGUUGUUGAACCUGAAAUCAAUAAAUUGAAAACCUUUAUGGACUUUGCUGAGAAUGCUGUUUCAAGAUUUUGUCAAGAAGUAAAAACAUUAUGCCAUCCUGAGAGAAGAAAAGAUUUCAUUUCUGAGACAUAUUUGUUGACCAUGGGUAAAGUUCUAAAUAUGUUUGCUGUAUUGGAUGCUCUCAAAGAUAUGAAGGCUUGUAUCAAUAACGACUACUCCUGUUUUAAGAGAGCUAAUGGCUUUCUUAAACGCGGUACAGUGGAUGCCGCUGCCAUCGAAUUAUCCCAGAAGUUGUCUUUAUUUCUGGCAACGAAGAACAAGAUCAGAGAUAUUCUUAAAGAUGGUUUAGAAAAAAUUCCAGGAUUUGACGAACUCUUAUCUGAUGUUGUCAACUUGUGUUGUAAGCUUUAUGAACAAAAUAUGUAUUUACUACCCAAGGAUAAACAUAUGUUACUCAAGGUGAUUGGCUUUAGUUUGUUUCUCAUGGAUGGCAAUGUCACACAAAUUGCAAAACUUGAUCAAAAGAAACGUAUAAAUAUUGCAAAAAUUGAUAAAUUUUUCAAGCAACUACCUGUGGUUCCUCUCUUUGGUGAUAUGCAGAUUGAACUCGUGAGUUAUGUAAAAAUGUGUCCAAACUUCAAGGCUGAUGCUGAUAAAUGGACUUGCGCUGGAGGAAAUGCUGAAGAAAAGAUCAUUUCUCAAUAUAAUCUGCUUUCCAAGAUGGACACAAUACGUGAAGAACAUUUGCAUUAUAUUAGUGAACUGGCGCGUUAUAACAACGAGAUGAUCACAUCAAGCACAGCGCCAAGAAAUGCCAGCCAGCAUCUUGAGUUGCGAAAACUUGCUUUGCGUGGUUUACAGUUGUUAUCAAGCUGGAAUACGCAAUUAAUGGAACUGUAUUCAUGGAAGUUGAUCCAUCCUACCGACAAGUAUGCUAACCCACAUUGUCCUGAACAAGCUGAAGAUUAUGAAAGGGCAACAAGGUACAAUUACACCAGUGAGGAAAAAUAUGCCUUGGUAGAGGUCAUUGCUUUCAUCAAAGGUUUAUACGUGUUGAUGCUGAAGUUGGAGAUUGUGUUUUGUGAAGCAAUCAGACAUUCUAUUCACAAUGAUUUACAGAAGUUUAUUCAGAUCACAUUAAGAGAACCUCUGAGGAAAGUGAUCAAGAAAAAACAAGCAACGCUUGUUAAAACAGUCCUUAUGACAAUACGAGACACGGGUUCAGAUUUUGCGAGUGACAUCAGGAAAAAACGCGAAGAUCCAAUUCUGAAAGGCGAGAAAGAUUCCAAAACUGGCUACCAGGUCACCUUGCCAGACAGAGAUGUGGGACCUUCAAGUACUCAGCUUUACAUGGUGCGAACUACACUCGAGUCGCUUAUUUCUGAGAAAGCUGGCAAGAAGAGCAUGCGCAAAGAAUUAGAGAAGGAAACAGUUGAAGCAAUUGAACAGUUCCUGAAAUUGUCUUUCUUUUUCCGUCAUUUGUUACAUUUCAGUGAAACAUUACGAGAAUGUUGUGAUCUUUCACAAUUGUGGUUUAGGGAGUUUUUCUUGGAACUUACUAUGGGUAAACGAAUACAGUUUCCAAUUGAGAUGUCAAUGCCAUGGAUUUUGACGGAACAUAUUUUGGACAGUCAAGAGCCCAGUAUGAUGGAGUAUGUAUUGUAUCCUUUGGAUUUGUAUAAUGACAGUGGAGAGUAUGCGCAGUCGAAGUUUAAGAAACAAUAUUUAUACGACGAAAUUGAAGCGGAGGUCAACUUGUGUUUUGAUCAAUUUGUGUACAAACUGAGUGAACAUAUUUUUGCCUAUUUUAAGGCUCAGGCUUGCAGCAUGAUCCUUGCAAAGAAAUUUGUCUCAGAGUGUUCAACACAAAAACUUGGGAAGAUAAAUGCUCCUCCCUCGAAUUUGUAUGAAACUUUGUUGAAACAACGCCAUGUACAAUUACUUGGACGUUCAAUUGAUCUGAAUCGUCUGCUUACGCAACGUAUCAACACCGCCAUGUUGAAAUCUAUGGACUGUGCUAUCGCGAGGUUUGAAAGUGGAAGUUUAUGUGGAAUUGUGGAACUGGAGAACUUAUUAGAUGUUAUCCACCAAACACACAAGUUAUUGUCGAAGUACAUGACACUCAUACCAUACGACGCGAUGUUGAAGGAAGUAAAUCAUUGUGUUUCUGCUCCUUAUGGUAGAACAACUCUUCAUGUUUUCUGGGAGUUAAAUUUUGAUUUUCUUCCAAACUACUGUUAUAACUCAGCAACAAACAGGUUUGUUAAAACGCCGUUAUCGUUUGUCGAAGAAGUACAACGAGAGAAUCCUCCCAAAGCGGCGCAUCAUUAUUUCUUUGGCACCAAGGCUCAGAAUGCAGCAUUUGCCAGCAUUAAUGCAUUGUAUAACAGCUUUGUUGGCCCUGCACAUUUUGAAUCAAUGACAAGACUUUUGGGUUAUCAAGGGAUAGCUGUUGUUAUUGAAGAGUUGCUCAAAGUUAUCAAAAGUUUGGUACAAGGUCAAUUGAAACAAUACAUCGUUGAGUUGAUACAAGGUCUACCAAAGAAGUGUGGUUUACCGCGAUAUGAAUAUGGAUCAAAAGCCGUCUUGGAAUAUUACCACGCCCAUUUGGAGCCCCUAGUCCAGUACAGUUAUCUAAGAACUGAUGUCUUUCAAGCAUUCCGAGAAAUUGGAAACGGAGUUUUGUUUAUUAUUUUAAUUGAACAGAGCAUGUCAAUCGACGAAGUCCUUGAUUUACUGCAAGCUGCCCCAUUCCAGGGUAUUAUACCAAGACCAUAUCUUCAAGAGGGUGAAAAGUUGGAGAGUAAAAUGAAGAAACUUGAACAACAAUAUGCACCAUUUCAAGUCGUUUCCUUGAUAUCCAAAUUGGGCACUAAAGAACAACUGAACAUUGCUCAAGAGGGGGAACUUCUUACAAAGGAAAGAUUAUGUUGUGGUUUAUCGUUAGUUGAAGUGAUGUUAAAGAGAAUUCAAUCAUUUCUUCACGAUGAAGUAUGGCAGACAUCAAUACCUCAAAAUGGCGUCAUGACAGUUGAGGAAUGUAAAGAUUUUCAUUCUUUAUGGAGUGCUAUAUUAUUCAUUAUCUGUCAACCCAUUGGACAGAAUGAAUAUUCUGUUGAGCAAUUGUUUGGUGAGGGUCUUUACUGGGCCGGUUGUUCAUUCGUCGUAUUGCUGAGUCAACAAAAAAGAUUUGAAGCACUAGAUUUUUGUUCACAUAUUGUGAAGGUUUAUGACGUUGAUCCCAGAGAUGAAACAGUUGGAGGAGUGAGUCUAAAACGUCUCGUGGAGAAAGCAAGGAACGUAAAAGUUUUGAAUCAACAAAUAUUUGCCUCUCUCAAUAAAUAUUUGAAGUCAAGUGAAAGUUCCUUGGAACAAGUUCGAUGCUUUCAACCGCCCGUUCACCAUCCUUACGUCUCUUCCAUCUAAAUAACAUUACGUCUUUUACCUUAGAGAAUCCGUUAAAUCCGUGUUCCAUAGACCAUAGUUUAAAUGCAUAAUAAACAAUAAGAUAUUCGAUUAAAGUUAUCCCAAUAACUACAUUGCUAAAGUGCGAAUUGAUCAUUUUUAGAUAUAUAAAUUACUUUUGUAUGUUAAAUGUAGUCUAUGUUAAACGCACGAUAUAACAUGAAAUAGUAACUCUUCACGCGCAAUCACCUGAAGAUAGUAAUAAGUAAUAAUACCGGGGCAAAGAUUAUUUGAUAUUUGACCGGGGCUGUCUUUAUUGUCCCGCGUUCCUGAAAUUGAACAAAACAAAUAGUAAGAUACUCAUAGCAUGUUUAUUAAGGCUGCUAUCAGUUGAACCACUUUAAUUUAACCGCUUUAAUGAUUGUGCACUUUAAUCGAGAUAAAUUGUGUGUCAACACGAAAUAGAAGUUAUUUUUGCUAUAUAUAAAGAAACCAAUAAAUGUAUAUUCGAACUGCA